AAGGAUUACAAGUAUUAAUAGAUAUUCAAGUUGAUAAGAAAAAUCCCCUGCCAUUGGAUAAAAUAUUUCAAUGUGAAGUUCAGGAAGGGCAAAAACCCGAGAUUAUAGGGAAAAUAGGAAAACUAGAGAAAGGCGAUAAAAAUUGUUUUGUCAAAGUUUAUCAUCGUAAUCCUUAUGGUAAAUUACAGUUUAAGAACCACGUAGGGAAAAAUUGCUAUGUUUUGGAAAAAAAUGAAGACAUAAUUAUUGUCGAUUGUGGCAUUAAAUUUCUCAAUGGCAGUAAUCUGGCUGAUGGCACGAUUCCUAAUUUUUCUUACCUGUUAGAAAAGAGAAAAAAAAUAAAAGGUUUGUUUAUUACGCACGGUCAUGAGGACCAUAUUGGUGGUAUUCCUUACUUGCUCCAAUUAAUUCCUGAUAUUCCUCUUUAUGGUUCAGAAUUUUCUAUUUCCCUUUUAAAGCAAAAAUUACGCGGAGAAAGCAAAGAGAGAGCCACGAUUUUUCAGGACGAGUCUAUAAUUCGCACUGCGGAGUUUCGGGUUAGUUUUUUUCGAGUAACACACUCCAUUCCGGGUUCUUUUGAAAUUGGUGAGAAAGCUGACUUAGGGAAAUUAGCCGAAGUGGGAAAGCAAGGAGUUGAUUUGCUAUUAAGUGAUUCCACUAAUGCGGAAAUAGAAGGCAAUACUCCUUCGGAAACAAGGGUGAUUAAGCGUUUAGAAAAUAUUAUUACAGAAGCAACUGGUCGAGCAAUUAUUACUUCUUUUGCUUCCAAUGUCUAUCGUUUAAAAAAAGUUAUUGAGAUUGCUAAAAAAACUGACAAAAAAAUUGUUCUGUUAGAUAGCUCGGUCUUUUUGAAAGCCGAAGCGAUUGCUAAAACUCCUAAUAAUAAAUUAAUUAUUUUUUGCACUGGUUCCCAAGGAGAAGAAAAGGCGGUUCUGACCGCAGGCGAUUCCAUUAUUUUGACUUCUUCGCCCAUUAUGGAUAACAAGUUCAAUGUCGAAAUAAUUAAUAAUAAACUAUUUGCUCUCGGAGCCAAAAUAUAUGAAAAUAAUAAAGAAGAUUUGCUCCACGCUUCUGGACACGCUUGUCAAGAAGAUUUAAAAUUAAUGCUUACCUUGGUGAAACCACACUAUUUUAUGCCUUUCCACGGAGAUUUUCGGAUGCUGAAAAAUCACGGCUAUUUAGCCAAAGAAGUAGGGGUUGCAGCCUCCAAUAUUUUUGUUUGCCAAAAUGGGGAAGUAGUAGAAGCCCGAAGCAAAGACUUUUUUGUAAGCAAAAUUAAAGUGCCGACCCAUCCAAAUUAUGUUCUGGAUGGCAAAUUGCUUCCGGCGGGAGAAUUAAAAAAUAACUUGAUUUGGCGGGAAAAAAUGUCCCAAGGAGGAGUAUUUUUAAUUGUCCUUUUCUAUAACAAGAAAAAAAGAAAAUUAAACGAGUCUCCUUAUAUUUUUACUUAUGGGUUUAUUAAUAUGAAAAAGAAUGAAAAUUUGCUUAAUGAUUGA